UUUGGGGGUGAAAAUUGACGCUGGACUUAAAUUUGAUGCUCACAUCAACUCUGUGAUCCGGUCCAGUUUAUUUCAUCGGAGACGCCUUGCAAAAAUCAAGCCUAUGCUGUCGACAGCCCACCUGGAGCGGGCACUCCAUGCUUUUGUCAUUUCUAGGCUUGAUUACUGCAACUCUCUAUAUGCCAGACUGGGUCAAUCAUUACUGCGUCGCCUACAGGUUGUGCAGAACAGUGCAGCCAGGUUUCUGACUGGGACCAGGAAACGGGACCACAUCGGUCCGGUUCUGGCCUCCCUGCACUGGCUUUCGGUCUGUUAUCGUUCACACUUUAAACUCCUCGUCUUUGUUUACAAUUUAUUCCAGGGUGGUGCUCCCCCCAUCUGGCCACGCUCCUGAACAGACAUUCCCCAUCACCCCAUCAUUGUGCUCUGCACUCCUCUGACCAAGGCCUGCUCGCUUUCCGUCAUUCUAGGUGUCGUACUCGCGGGGACCGGGCUUUCUCAGUCCUAGCCCCGUCACUCUGGAACCAGUUGCCACCCUCAGUCAGGCUAUCCCCAUCUCUGCCAGCCUUUAAGAGUCUAAAAACACACCUCCUCCACUUGGCAUUCCCUGAAUGUGUAUGAGUUAGACCUUCAUUUAUGUUGACUUUAAUUCCCUGCUUUCAUUGGUCUCUUUAUUUCUUGUUUUACCCAUUUGUUUUCUACUUUAAUGCUUUUACCUGUUUUUCUCAUGUACCGUGUUCAGCGCCUUGGGCUUCCCGUCAGGGUCGCGGAAGGCGCUUUAUAAAUAAAGCGUUGAUUGAUUGAUUGAAAUCCUGUUAUCAAGUUUUAUUCACGUAAAAUAUUGAAGUCAUUGUAUUUUUUUCCUUCUUUUCAGAUUUUGUGUGCCUCCUCUGCAAUUUGGCUGGGCAACAACUUUCAUACCAGACCUAAGUCUUUCCGGGCACCUUGAGUCUUUACUUGGGAGUGUGUGCUGUGGCUGCAAAACGUACAGUAGAGCAGCUCUGACAGUACAUUGAUCUGUCUCUGUACCUCUGGGUGCACACUGGGUUUGUCUUUAGUGCCAAAACAAUGAAGUGUCUCGGACAGGGAGAGCCCAGCCCUGAGCAGCAGUGUCAUCAUGCAGCUUCUGUUUACCCCUGGUGGGGUUGAGGAGUGGGGCCAAUCUGUGGCAGAGGGGAAGGAAGCGGGAUUUCAUGAAACAAGUGCACUAAUGAAGAGAAGACUACCCCGGUCGACUCUUCUAGACUGACACUUGCACAUUCCUAUAGUCAAGGCUGACAGAAUCACAUGACUGCAGCUACUACAAGAGUAUGAUGUGCACAGUAUAGAUUUCUGUGGCAGUUCUGUGAAAUCUUUGUGUUGACUUUGACAUUUUUAUGUAUGUGAGGGGAGAACAAGAAAAGCAUAGAUACUUUAAGUCCCGAGGGUGCACUACGGAAACCAUGUUGGUCUUCACUUUGGCUCAUCAGUUCAUCACUUUGGCUCAUCAGUUCCUCUCACUUCAUGACUUAAGAAUCCUCUGAAGGUCAAAACCAGGAACAUCCUCGACAGUCAAUGCAAUCGCACGCAAUGGAAGAAGAUACUGAUGUCACGUCAUACACCAAGGGUCUGAAUGGUUUAUCGCAUGAGCAUAAACCUUUGGAGGAGAUCACCAAUGGACACUCAACCUAUAAGCCUGUCAUGAAUGGAGUGGCUAUAGGCCACAAUGGCAGAGACCACACCAGCAGUGGUGUACCUCUAAGAUCCCUGCCGAUUUCAACACUGAAGCAGAAUGGUCUCCUACAGACUUUGGCAGCAGGUGGGAACCAUCCCGAACCUGCAGAGGAAAAGGACAAUGCAGAGUUGGAAAAGGCCAAACAGGAGUGGGAGGCUCUAGAGAACACCCAACCAGUUGUUACUGAGGACUCCAACCCAACACCACUCAUCUCCUUCAACGAAGCCCUGCAGUACUUCCAGACCACAGAUCUUGGGGACUUAUUGAAGAACAUCCAGCCAACUAUUCACAGAACGGGUCUGGCUGCUAUCACACAUUUUCUGUUUGGACCUCCACGACUGCACAAAGAGCUUCUGGAGGAGAGGGAUCUUGUUUUUGCCAUUGCACAGUGCCAUGUGGACAACAGCCAAACAGUCCACAUGCGUGUUCUGCAGACCAUAUAUAAAAGGCUGAUUAGAAGCAGGCUGGAUUGUCCUCGAUACGGUGCACACUGGGAAAACAUUGGCUUUCAGGGAACAGACCCUGCCACGGACCUACGUGGGACUGGUUUCCUUGGACUGAUGCACGCUCUGUACUUUGUGAUGGACCCCGAGAUUCUUCCAUUGGCUAGAGAUAUUUACAAGUUAUCACAACACCCUACACAGUUGAGAAAUUCCAGCAAAGACCUGACACAGGACCUGAGGGAUGAAUCCUCCUUCAGUAGAUCCUCUACAAAUCUUCAGAAUUUCCCAUUCAGUGUGAUGUCAAUCAACAUGACCCGCAUCGCUUUGCAAGUACUCAGAGAGGAGGCCCUAUCCAAAGAAUGCAAUCGUCGUCAGCAAGUGGUCGGUGUGCUGAAUGAGUUUUAUGUUGCCACAUUCCUGCAUCUGUACCAGCUGUGGAAGACCCAACAGAAGACCAUUGCUGACUCUGGCUUUGUACUAAAAGAAGUGGAGCUUUUUGCCAAAAAGAAUCCCAAGCAGAUGCUGCGCCGACUAGAGGUCUUCCUGAAAGAGAGACGAACAGGAGGAGUCCCACGUGGGACGUCGCCAGACCCUCAGGCCCAGCAGCCCUCUCCCAGCUUGGGAGAGCGAGAGGCAAGAGCUGGCACAGGACAGGGAAGCAGGGGAAAGGAGAUGCACUUCAUAGGAGUGUGUGACCUGCCACCAGACAUGGAAGGAGAGGCCAGACUUAUCUAAGCUAGAACGUGAGGGUGUGUGAGUGAGUGUGUGAGGACCGUCUUGUCUGACUAUAUCUGUUAUUAUUGUAUGUGUGAAUGAGCAAGAGGAGCCCACCAGUACCUGAUCUGGGUCUGCUAUCUGAACCCUAUAUUCAUACACAUCUUCUCCUUCCACUGAUGCUGAGGUCCUGCACUUUGACCAGAUUGCGUUGUAAUUGUAUUUUGUUGUAACUUAUUCUUUAAACAAGGAGUAUAGAGCUGUCAUUUAUAGAAUUGUCUUUAAUGCAAGAUGUCACACAAUAUUAAUAUUUUGCACUUUUUCUGUAGUUGUAGUAGCCAAACAAACAGCUGCCAAAUAAUUUCUUUUGUUCAACUCUACCCAUCUAGAAGUCCAAAAUCUACACAAUCGUGUUUCAAGGAGCUGUCAUCCACAGUACGACAACAUUGCAGAAGGGGAAUGGGGCAAAGAGCAUCUUAUUUUUCUAAUAUAGAUUCAGAGGUUUUCUGGUACACAGCUCUCUUCCAAACAAUGCAGCUGCAGAGUUUGGGCUCAUUGGUAAACACUCUUAAUUGAAAAUUUGAGAGAAAGAGGGCCAGUUUGGACCACAGAGGUUAUUCAGAGCAGAAGUUACUGCUAGACCUUGUUUUCAGAAAGGUUCAGAAGACCUUUAAAUGCAAUGUGAUUCGUAAAUUUGAUAAUUUACUGCGGAGAAGACAUAUGAACAUUAAGUCGAGCCGGUCAUCAGAGCACAACCAGUGUCUGUUUUAGCAGUUCUGAUUGAUUAAACACUUCCUACUGACAUUUUAAAUCAUUUUAGCCCUUUCAUAAGAGACAACUCUCCCCUUUAAGCAUAACUUUGUUGUUAUGUGUGAAAGCACUUCAGAAUUUUGUUAUCGGUCUGUUGAUGACACUUAAGUUCUGUCAGAACAUCUAAAAGUUUUGAUUAUUCAACUUGUUACGGGUGAAGCAGAGGAGACCUUUCAUAGAAGUAUGUGUGUGCGUGUGCGUGUGCGUGUGUGUGUGUGUGUGUGUGUGUGUGUGUGUGUGUGUGUGUGUGUGUGUGUUUUCUUGGCUGGGUCCCGCAGAAGCCACGGGUCUAGGUUGAACUUUCGCUACAUUCCGUUUUAAAGCAUGCGAUUGUAAGUUUUUUUUUUGUUUGUUUUAACAGUUAAAAAUGUGUGUGUGUGUGUGUGUGUGUGUGUGUGUGUGUGCGUGUGCGUGUGCGUGUGUGUGUGUGUGGGGUAAAAUACCUGAGCUGAUGAAGGAUGCCUCUCCUUGGAGAUGUAUGGUACAGUAUGCAAUCCUAGUGCUCUCUCUCUUUCUCUAUGAUAAUCAAAACACUAGUGCUGUGUGAUGAUAGAAAUCAUUCCCAAUUUCAGGGUUUGUGCACUCGUGCAACCGAAUGUGUGUGUGUUGGUGUGUGUGUGUGCGUGCGAGAGUCGUAUGACAGAAACUGACUACAGAUGGGGCACUUUCUUUUGCACACAAUGAGCCAGCUCUACUAAGCUCUUGAUCCAUCAAGCUGCAGACAUGGUUCUGAAGUCGUUCUGAAAAUGGCACAUUACAUUUAAAGGAGGGCAAAUUUAUUCUAAAGUCGUCUUUGUUUUGGUUGUUUUUAUUUUUCUGAACAUGGCCGGUUUAAGAAGUUUCGUGGCCUGAAGUGGGUCAAGCGACUCUGUAAAGCUGGUUCCUGCUUUGUGUUCACGUGAAACCAUCGCCAGCCAUCGUAGUCUCAAUCUGUAGCAUGUUCAGGUAGCACUAGUACUGUAGCAUCUUAUAGCCUCCUCUUCGUGAAGCUUGUUGAUGUCAUGUCUCAGUUAGUCUGUAGUGUCGAUGAGUAUGCAAACUGUUACUACUAUAGCACAUGCAUUUCAUAGUUUUCUUAAGCCUCCUUGAGCAGAUAACACACAUUCAAGCGGCAGGGUGGAUGUUGAUGAGAUGUGGCAUGAGCUUGACGCAUUUCUGAGCUCAACCUUGUCUUCUGAGAGGAUGAUGGUGAGUUUUUUGGCUGCAUCCAGUGGAACCAUGUUGGUCGGGUUGCUGGUUUGUCCUUUCUUCCUUUUCUUUCAUUUGAGCCAUUGUGCCACAGGUAGACCUCCUGCAUUCAUGUAACUCUGCAUGCAGUUGUCCACAAAAGCAUGCCGGCCAGCCUCAUGACGUUGUCCUGAUAACACUGGCACGGAAGCUUUUGCAGUCAGCAUCUACUCCGUUCUCCUAUCAUAACUUCAAGAACGAACUUAUGUAGUUGUGAUUGUUCUGGAAAUUUUGCACUGUUGUAGAUAUUUGGUAUGUGUGACGUUUGCAAGAGGAAAUCUUCAAUAGCCAUAACGUAAUGUUGGUCAUCGCCCGGGUCAUGAAAUGGGCCUCAUGAAGUCCCAACUCAGCUCCUCGUCCAAUUGCACCAUUGUUUAGUUUUAUUGCAUUUGAAACAGAUGAACAGUACAGUGUAUGUAAAUCAGGAAGUUUGUAUAUAAAGAAUUAAUGAUUGUAACUGUAUGAUUGUAGGGCAUUAUACUGAAACACAUUGCUUACCUCAAGAUUUGAGACAAAUCUCCUUUUUCUCUCUGCUGAUGUUUGUUUGGCCUCUCAGUCUGAACCUUUCCUUUUCCUUCAGCCUUGGCCUUUUCUCAUAACAAGUUGGAGAAUUUGUAUUCGCCACCUGAAACUUGACAUUUGCAAACUUAACACAAAAGCUGGUCAUUGUUAUGUGUGUUCUACUUAGAGUAUAGGCCCCGACAGUUGACCGGUUCCUUCUAAAACGAGCUUUAAUUGGCUGGUGUUUGCCGUGUUAAAAUAAGCUGGCUUCCUUGUGGCUUCAGUGAUAGUACGGUAUACUUUUGCUGUGAUUAAGUGUUUGAUGUAAAUGAAAACACUGAGAACCCGGUCACCUAACAGUUUAAUAUGAUUGUGAAGAAAGAAGCUUGACUAGUGGUCAGAAUGCUGUGUGUGCUUUGAUCUUUACUCCAAACGUAACCUGGUUUACCCGCACACUACCAAAACUUUGGUUUACUUUCACCCGUAAUAGAUCAUGUUCUUUAUGCUUUCACCGUCACUUUGAGUUCUCAUUUGAGAAACAGGAAACAAGAAAAAAAAUCUAAUAAAAACGGGUUCUUGCAGGAUGCCGGAUGCGCUGAGAGCUGUGGCCUGAACUUGUGUUCAGCAAACUCAAUCACUCCUCUCAAUAAUCCUGUUCAUUAAAGGUCUUUUACUGUUGUCCUUGUGUCCCUCAGAGCAUUCUAGGACUGGUCCUUGAUUAUAGAAGCCCUAUUUUAUACUGAGAGUUAUUGCAGCAUAAAGUAUGUGCUGUUGUACAUUAAAUGUAUUGAAUGGAGAAAGCUAAAUAAAUGCUGUUGAAAAAACAAA